UUUCGUUUCUCACGUGAGGUUGCGCGAUAGCCAGAGUAUUUCAGCUGAAAUGUCUCGCCUCCGUUGGACUUCCUUUUCCUCCGCCGUUUCUGUCACGAAAGAUCACGAUGGCCGAUGCCAAGGAACCUCUGCAAUCGGUGCAAGUCUUCGGACGCAAGAAAACGGCCACGGCCGUGGCUUACUGCAAACGCGGCAAGGGCCUGAUCAAGGUGAACGGUCGUCCGUUGGAGUUGGUGGAGCCCCGCGCUCUGCAGUACAAGCUGCAGGAGCCCAUGCUCCUCUUGGGCAAGGACCGAUUCGCCGAUGUGGACAUCCGGAUUCGCGUCAAGGGCGGUGGACACACGUCCCAGAUCUACGCCAUCCGACAGGCCCUCUCCAAAUCCCUCGUGGCCUACUACCAAAAGUUUGUGGAUGAGCAGAGCAAACAAGAGAUCAAGGACAUCCUGAUCCAGUUCGACCGCACGCUCAUGGUGGCCGAUCCCCGACGAUGCGAGGCCAAGAAGUUUGGCGGUCCCGGCGCCCGGGCCCGAUACCAGAAGUCGUACCGUUAAACCCAUGUUUGUCCCACGCCCCUUUUCUCCUUCGAUCCGCCCCACUGCCCGGGCUCAAGACCACGCCCACGUGGUUUUUCUGUUUCUGGGAAUAAAUGCCUCGGGCUCGAAAACGCGA